CGGUGACGUUCCCCUGCGUGUGUGGACUAAGGGGUAUAUUAUCCCUGUCACCACCCUGCGCAUCUGCCAGUGCUGCGUAUAUUAAGGUCCGCAAUGUCAACGAACAUUUUCCUCGUCCCACCAUUAUGUCUACCCCAAUGCAUCUGGUCGACCUCCCACCGGAGGUACUUUCGCUCAUAGUCAACGACAUGGACCGAGAUACCCUCCUUGCUCUCUGUCUGACAGGAAAACGCAUACUCCAUGAAAUAGCCCGUCGUUACCUUCGGCAGAAUGUCAUGGUACUGUUUGACGCGUGCCGAAAGCCCAAGCCCAACCUCUUUUCAUUCGAUGACGGUCGUCUAUCAGCUAUCAGGUCGCUCUCACUCGUCGUUCAUGGAUACAUUGAGUUGGAUUCCAAGUUAUGUUCGUUGGUUUUCAUGAAGAUGGUCAACCUGAAUGAUGUCCGUGUGGUGGGAGGACCCGGUGUUCUCGUCCGUUGGAUAGUCGAGAGCACGGGAGCGUCUCUCACGACCGUUGAAUUGGAAGGAUGCGAUGCGGAGCCGCAAGAUUUCGUUGGUAUGGCUCCGGUUUGUAUUCGGAGACUUGUCAUUUCGCGCUGUCAUUCGAACAUACGAUUUAUUUUGGGUCCAUUGACUGUGGAGGAGCUUGAAAUGUAUGGUCCAGGUCUCGACGGCGAAUGUAUGCAUGUUGGUGUAGCUUUACGGCGACUAACGGGAGGGCACCUGAAGGGGUUGUAUCUUAUCGAUACGUGCCGAGAUCGGGGGUGUCGUGAUAUCGUGCAUUUGACGCGCGCUUUGGAGACGCGCCUAGGAUCGCUCGAGGUGCUCGUUCUGGAUAUCCCACUCCCGCGGGGUGCGUUCGAGAAGCUGGUCCGGACAGUAUCUGUGUACCCGGCGUUGAGGAGACUCUGCCUCGGUGGGGUUCCCUCGUCGAGAAGCUUACAGUCAUGUGGUGGGUAUCACACGCUGGACGUAACUCCUUUUUCUCUUAUUGCGAAAGCGGAUAGGUCUCGCCUGCAAGAAGAUUCAAAGGCGGCGGGGAUGAAUGCCCCAGUUUUGGAGGAGGCGGCGUAUUGAUGAUACUCCAGUUGGUUAUUAAUUCACACCCAUCUACCAGCGUGUAAAGUGUUUUACGACGCUGACAUUAAAUUCCAAUACUCUCUCUGCAGGUCGUGAUCUUUAGAUUCAGUUGGUGAUCUCGUUGGCAAGAAGGAGAUUCGGAUAUCGUCUUCGCAUAUCAGAACAAGUCAUACGCUUCCUGUUCGUUGCUUUUGUAGCAGAAAGAUUAGAGUAUUUCCAGCUAUUUCAUACAGCUGCAUAGUAACGCGCUUUUUUUGCGUGCGUUUUACGCACCUUGGAGCCUUGAACAGGGAUUUAGGGAUAUUCAAGGCUAUUUCGGUGACUUCGGCGUGACUUUAGGUCCCGGAACCUUUGUGUAAAAUGAAGCCCAG